CCAGUGGACUUCCUGCAGGUCCUGCUGGUUCCAGAUCAGCUGAUUAUCUCCAUCACCUGUGGCUCUGAUUAAAACCCACACACGGACACGGAGCUGCUUCCUGGUUCUGUCCACGGCAGCACGAUGGAUCCACGGACACGCAGCUCCCUCUCCGCCAGCCGCUCCGUGUCCGUCCCGGUGGCGCAGAGAGGAGGACGGACCGAUCCGAGGUAACGGAGGAGGAGGAAGAGGAGGAGGAAGAGGAGGGGGAAGAGGAGGAGGAGGAGACCGCUGGAAGGAAGGCGGAGGAGGCGAAAUCCCGCGAGAAAAGGAGCCACAGAAAACGGACAGUUAACGCGCACCGAGCGGAGAGACGGGAGAGCGCGAGGAGCCGCUGCACGUGAGGUGCGCGAGACCCCCGGGGAGCCGAGCACGGACUAACCGGUAAUGCGGAGGAGAACCGCCGGGGCUUAGGGCGGUUUUAUUUCACCCCCACGGACACGGAGGACCAGGAGCUCCACGGAAAGAUUCACCAUGAAUCCCAUGACACAGCUCUACUACAAGAAGGCGACGUACUCGCCGUACCGUGACCGCAUCCCACUGCAGAUCGUACGAGCCGAGGUGGAGCUGUCGGCCGAGGAGCGAGCAUACCUCACCGCCGUGGAGAAAGGUGACUAUGCGGGGGUGAAACACGCCCUGCGGGAGGCCGAGGUCUACUACAACAUGGAUGUGAACUGUCUGGACCCUCUGGGCCGCAGCGCUCUGCUCAUCGCCAUCGAGAACGAGAACCUGGAGAUCAUGGAGCUGCUGCUGGACCACGGCAUCCACACAGGAGAUGCUCUGCUCUAUGCCAUCAGGAAGGAGGUGGUGGGAGCCGUGGAGCUGCUGCUGUCUCACCGGAGGCCCAGUGGGGAGAAGCAGGUUCCCUCUCUGAUGAUGGACAGUCAGUUCUCAGAGUUCACCCCAGAUAUAACUCCCAUCAUGCUCGCUGCUCACACCAACAACUACGAGAUCAUCAAGCUGCUCGUCCAGCGGAAGGUCACCAUCCCCAGACCUCAUCAGAUCCGCUGUGACUGUGUGGAGUGUGUGUCCAGUUCAGAGGUGGACAGCCUUCGACACUCUCGCUCUCGACUCAACAUUUACAAAGCUCUGGCGUCUCCGUCGCUCAUCGCUCUGUCCAGUGAAGACCCCAUCCUCACCGCCUUCAGGCUGGGCUGGGAGCUCAAAGAACUCAGCAAGGUGGAGAACGAGUUCCGUCAGGAGUACGAGGAACUCUCCCAGCAGUGCAAACGCUUUGCCAAGGACCUCCUGGACCAGGCCAGAAGCUCCAGAGAACUGGAGACCAUCCUGAACCACCGGGACAACGACCAGAGCGAGGAGCUGGACCCCCGUCAGUGUCACGACCUGGCCAAGCUCAAGCUGGCCAUCAAGUACCACCAGAAGGAGUUUGUGGCUCAGCCGAACUGCCAGCAGCUUCUGGCCACGCUGUGGUAUGACGGCUUCCCGGGCUGGAGGAGACGACACUGGGUGGUCAAACUGGUCACCUGCUUCAUCAUAGGACUGCUGUUCCCCGUCUUCUCUCUGAUCUACCUGCUGGCUCCAAAGAGUGCUCUGGGGAACUUCAUCAAGAAGCCCUUCAUCAAGUUCAUCUGCCACACGGCGUCCUACCUGACCUUCCUCUUCCUGCUGCUGCUGGCCUCACAGCACAUCGCCAGAACCAACCUGCACAUGCAGGGACCUCCACCCACCAUCGUGGAGUGGAUGAUCCUGCCCUGGGUGCUCGGCUUCAUCUGGGCUGAGAUUAAGGAGAUGUGGGACGGAGGCUUCACAGAGUACAUCCACGACUGGUGGAACCUGAUGGACUUCGCCAUGAACUCGCUCUACCUGGCUACCAUCUCUCUGAAGAUCGUAGCCUACGUCAAGUACAACUCGUCUCGGCCGAGGGAGGAGUGGGAGAUGUGGCAUCCGACGCUGAUCGCCGAGGCUCUGUUUGCCAUCGCCAACAUCUUCAGCUCGCUCAGACUCAUCUCCCUGUUCACUGCCAACUCCCACCUCGGCCCUCUGCAGAUCUCUCUGGGCCGGAUGCUGCUGGACAUCCUCAAGUUCCUCUUCAUCUACUGCCUGGUCCUGCUGGCGUUUGCCAAUGGUCUGAACCAGCUGUACUUCUACUACGAGACGAAGGCGUCAGAGGAACCCAACAACUGCAAAGGCAUCCGCUGUGAGAGGCAGAACAACGCCUUCUCUACGUUAUUUGAGACCCUCCAGUCUCUGUUCUGGUCCAUAUUCGGGCUGCUGAAUCUGUAUGUCACCAACGUUAAAGCUCGACACGAGUUCACGGAGUUCGUCGGGGCGACAAUGUUCGGGACGUACAAUGUGAUCUCUCUAGUGGUGUUGCUCAACAUGCUGAUCGCCAUGAUGAACAACUCCUACCAGCUUAUCGCUGAUCACGCCGACAUCGAGUGGAAGUUCGCUCGCACCAAGCUGUGGAUGAGUUACUUCGACGAGGGCGGCACGCUGCCUCCUCCCUUCAACAUCAUCCCCAGCCCCAAGUCCAUCUGGUACCUCCUCAUGUGGCUCCACAACAAGUUGUGCAGCCGAGGACAGCCGCCUGGAGACGACACGCACAAAUGUGAAAACCUGCGAGAGUUCACGGAGCGUCAUGCUGACAGCCUGAUCCAGAAUCAGCAUUACCAGGAGGUGAUCCGGAACCUAGUGAAGAGAUACGUGGCGGCCAUGAUCCGCAGUGCCAAGACGGACGAGGGGCUGACGGAGGAGAACUUUAAGGAGCUGAAGCAGGACAUCUCCAGUUUCCGAUAUGAGGUCCUGGAUCUCCUCGGCAACCGGCGUCCUCCCCGACGACACUACUCCUCCUCCAGCGAGACGGCUAAAGACGACGGCGCCGCGGCCUCCGAGGACGACAGCGAAUCGGGCGACGGCAGCGGAGGCGGAGUCGGCAUCCCGAAAUCGAAGAGCGUGACGUUCAUGACCCCGACGGAGGACGACACGGGGCCGACACCGACGCUCGGUGUGUCGGCGCUGGUUCGCUCCAUCUCUGGGAUGACCCGGAUAGAACGAGGCGGCGACAGCGAGGAGGGCGAGCUGGAGGAGGGCAUCGGAUGGGGGGAGGAGGAGGAGGACGAGGAGGGGAAACCAAAGAGCAACGGGCUGAAGACGACCAUCAUCUCUCCAUCCACCACCGCCGUCCUCCCCUCGCCGUCCUCGUCCUUCUCCUCCUCACUGUCCUCCUCGCUGGCUCGCACCCGGAGCCGCCUGCAGCGCCUCUCGGCUCCGGGGGCAAAGACGGACUCCUUCAAACGCCUAUCCUACCUGUUCUCCCGCUCCAAACGCAAAGCCCCGCCCAUGCCGCUGCAGUCCCCGCCCUCCUACACCAUCUCCGACGGGUUGCUCCGCCCCCUGGGCAGCCACUCCGACUUCGGACUCAGCGACGUGACUAGGAGCGACACUCACCUGAACGAGGUGGGCCGCUCCGUCGACAUUACCAACCCGGCGUUCUCCAGGACGAACGGGCGGGAAUCACUGCUGGCGCUGCCACCGCCGUGCCCCUGCCAAUCCCUGCACUGUGCUUCCAACAUGUCCGAGUCCAGCUCGCGCCUCCUGGACUCCAGCGAGGACGUUUUCCAGGGCGGAGGCGUGGGCGGAGCAGGCGAGGGCAGCGUGGACGGAGGAGGAAGCGGCGGGGUAAUGAUGAUGGGUGGGUGGGUGGGACCCUGUGAUGAUGUCAUAGAGGACAGCUGUGAGGUCAUAGAGGACUCUGUCACCACGCAGCUAUAGGAGACAGCCCACAGACAAGCUGCUUUUCUUUCUUUGUUUUCCAAAUGGCUGAAUUCACACAAGGAUGAAGAGAGGCGGGGAGAGAGGAGCGGGAUUCUGGCGGGAUCCGUUCUCGGACUCGGCUGGUCGGAUUCAACAUCCUGGAAUUCUGGUACGCCACAUUCUGAGAACGGAGCAGGUUCUGAGGGUCGGUUGUUGCGGACAGAGGGGAUCCUGAAAUGGCAGACGUUCAUGGAGACAGUUUGGGAAUUACAAUCCAUAGCCACCACUGUCCAUUCCUGUCAGUUCAAAACCAGCAGCGGGUACAGGUUAGCUACCAAGCUAACAUGCUAUAUCUCACCACUGCAUGACUUACUUUGGGCUAUCAAUACAAUUUCCAAUCUAACUAAACGGGGAGAGAAUCAUAACCACAACAGGAUAUCAAAUCGCCACUUACCCUAGCUAACCUGCUGCCAUCUUGGUACCAUCGCUAAGCAGGUAUUUUGGGCUAACACCACCAGACCCCUUACUGAUGACCUUUGAAAGGUCAGCAGGAUAUAAAAAACACUACUCAUACAGAUUCAGUAGUCAAAUCCAAAUACAAAAACGCCUAAAAAAUUUGGUGACUUUGCCCCAAAAUAAGAGCUAAAAGGCGUUGUCCUUCUACUAUACCCCUCACUGUCCUUUCCUGUCAGUUCAGUACCAAUGCCAGAUACUAAUUAGCUACCUAGCUAACAUGCUAAUGAGUCCUUAUAGGCAGCCAUCUUUGUGGGUAUUUUGGAGCCACAAGACAGACUCCUGUAGGAGGUAAUGGCUAGAGAGCUUUAAUUGUAAUAGAUGUACUUACGAAAGAGCUCAGGAGCUAACCUGCUGGUGUAAAAACUAGCUAGCUAUCUAACUUUAAAUCCCAUGUGAAAGGGAUUAACAGUCCAGGGGAGAUGUGGGAGAAUAAAUAAUCCUUUCGGGUCCUGGUCAUUUAUUUACGCCUCAGACAAGAUUUCAUCCAGAAACAGCAAAUAAACACAUCCAACGUCCAUAAAGCUGCUUAGAAAUGAUGGGAAAAGUUACAUAAUCGGAGAAUGAGGAUUUUUUUUUUGUUGGUUUUUUUUACAUCUUAUUCUGAUUUGGUGAAAUGCAGGAAAAGGAAAGAAGAUCUUAUCAGGUGGAAAAAAACAAAAUUCAUCUUCAGCUCUGCAAAGGAUUUAAAUUCCAGAUGAAGGUUUCUGGAAAACAUUUAUUUUGGGUGAAAAGUUACGUUUAUUAAAACUCACUGAGUCGAAGCAGGAAUAUUUAAAUCCCCUCUAAUAAAUAUCAUAUAAAUGGGUCUUUGGGGAGCCUUUCUGAGCCAUUUAACGUCAAACUCUUGCCUCUUUUCACCAAAAUCUUUCAAGAAAGAUUGGAAAUUACAUGAUCUUUUUCCUACAGUAUAAAUGAGAGAUUUAACAGUUCAUACCACAAUAAAGGUCAGUUUCUUUUUAUAAGCGCGUGUUCAUCUUAUUCCUGUUCAACUUUCUUCAUAAACGUCUGCUGUUUCCAUGCAGGAGGGCGUUCUAAAAAAGGACAAACAAAUUUUUCUUCUGUUCUCUGGGAGAUUCAAACACAUCGCAUGAUUAUUCUGGAAUCACUUGGAGCCAAAGCGACUUUUCCCAGAAAGGAAACACCGUCCCCCGUUUGGCUUCAACGCACGUCUUUCCCUUUAAGUAAACUUUAACGGAAUAAAAAUGGAAUUAAAUCCUUCAUUCAGACCCCUGGGAUGUGAGUGGAACUACCCUUUUUACCUUCAGCUGAGCGUAAAUGAACUUUCACUGGUGAAUGGAAUAACAAUAAGAUGAAGGAUUUAACUGCUCUGCUCCCUCUCUCUGCAGCAACAAGGGCCAAGGAACUUUAUUUUAUCCUACUCACAGUUAUACUAGUAAUAAUAAUAACAAUAAUAAGAGACUUGGAAUAAUAAUAAUAAUAACGAGGACUAUUCUGGUUUCUGAAGACUGUGUUUGCUUCUAUUUGAGUCGCCUGCGGUAUUCUGGCUUCUCGUUCAGCUCUUCCUUAAUAAGUACACUUUAACCUGGAGAAUAACAUUUAUAAUGGUGUUUAAUGUGAGGAGGAUGGAUGGAUGAUGGAUGGAUGAAUGAUUUAAUAGAUGAUGGAUGGAUGAAUGGAUGAUGGAUGGAUGGAUGAUGGAUGAAUGAAUGAAUUAAUUAAUGAUGGAUGAAUGAAUGUAUGAUGGAUGGAUGGAUGAUAGAUGGAUAGAUGAUGGAUAAUAGAUGGAGGGAUGGAUGGAUGAUAGAUGGAUGAUAAAUGGAUGAAUGAUGGAUGGAUGAUGGAUGGAUGGAUGAUAGAUGAUGGAUGAUGGAUGGAUGGAUCAUGGAUGGAUGACGGAUGGAUUCAAUUCAAUUCAAUUUUAUUUAUAUAGCGUCAGUUACAGUCAAAUUGUCUCAAGACGCUUUACAGAACCCAAAUGCCUGACCCCCAGAGCAAGCCCAAAGGAGACAGUGGCAGGAAAACACCCUUUUAACAGGGAAGAAACCUCGAGCAGAACUCGGCUCAGAUGGAUGGAUGGAUGAUUUAAUGGAUGAUGGUUGGAUGGAUGGAGGGAUGGAUGGAUAAUGGAUGGAUGGAUGGAGGGAUGGAUGGAUGGAUGAUGGAUGGAAGGAUGGACAAUGGAUGGAUGAUGGAUAAUAGAUGAAGGGAUGGAUGGAUGAUGGAUGGAUGGAGGAUGGAUGAUAGAUGAAUGGAUGAUGGAUGGAUGGAUGGAUGGAUGAUUUAAUGGAUGAUGGAUGAUGAAUGGAUGAUGGAUGGAUGGAUGGAUGAUGAUGGAUGGAUGGAUGAUGAAUAGAUGAUUUAAUAGAUGAUGAAUGGAUGAUUUGAUGGAUGAUGGAUGGAUAAUGGAUGUAUGGAAGGAUGGAUGGAUGAUGAUUGGAUGAAGGUGACCACGUGGAGGUCAGAUGGAUGAAGCUCUUUCUUUCUUUCUUUCUUUCUUUCUUUCUUUCUUUGUAAUCUGUUUUAAGGGAACUUUCUCCAGAGUUUCAUUCUGAUUUGAUUCUUCGUCUCAGAGACUUCUAGCAGGUUGGCAGGAGCAGAGGCUGAUGAAUUGUCCUCUGGUGAAUCUAUCAGCGGUGACAGUAGAGAUUUAUGCAUGCGUGAUGAAACCCACCGUUACGUGCAGACCCCUCCGUGUGAUGAGAGGCUCCUGGAUGAACUCAUCUGGUCUUUUUGUCUCUUUUUCAUCUCGUGUCCGGUCUCGUCCUCGUCUCGUUCAGCAGCAGAUCCACCUCCAGCCGUCUUGGCGACAGAAAGCUCCUCCAUGAAUCAGCGUCCUGAAAUGUCACGGCGUUACCAUGGAAACCCCGUCAGUCGAUCAGCAUCCUGCAACCAGAGCGUCCAGAACGCUGCUGGGCGUCACGGCAACGCUAGACGACGACAACACGUCAGCCUCAUGUCAUUCCACCUCCAGCCAGCAAGAGUAGAACCAGAUUCACAGAUCUAGAUCUAGAUCUGGUAGAAAAGAAGUGAUGCUAAAAGUUCUGGUGAAGGAGCUUAAAAAUGACAGAUUUAGUUAGAAAAGGUUCCAUCCACGGGAGAGAAGUUAGAAAUCAUCUUCCCACUGAGAUCCCAUCCCCAUCUUCAUCAUCAUCAUCACCAUCUUCAUCAUCACCACCAUCAUAAUCAUCAUCCUCAUGAUUUGACCUCCUGCAGGCAGCAUCUUGUCUCUUCUACAUUUAUUUUACAGCACUAACUCUGUCCCGUAUACCGUCUUUAUGCUGAUUUUUGAAAUAGAGCAGGUCCUCGGUUUAUGGCGUCUUCUACCUAUCUUCUUUCCACUUCUUAAAGCUGCUCCGUUCAGUAUUUCUACUUUAGCAAAGACAGAAACAGUUAAAGUGUAAUCUUGUGCUUCCAGAUUGUUGUGUUUUGUCUCUUAAUCCAGUUUGGAUGCUUCUGCAUUUGAAAAUAUGGAUUAACAUUUAAAUGAAGCUGUUAACGAAUCGAUGGUUAGAUCAGUUUUUUGUCACAGGUUGACAGAGGUUUAAUCGUUUCUAAAAACUGAAAACGAUGCUGUGUUCAAUCAAAGAAGGAAUUAAAGCAGCAGGUUUGAGAUUAAACCAGAAAUGUUGAGGAUUGUGUCAAAAAGAAAAGGCAGAGUGGAUCUUAAAUCCAAAAAUGUAAAGUUUAAGAGUGGAAGUUGCAUUUCUUUGGCUAUUUGUUUUGCACAAAGCUGACUGCAGUUCAGCUGAAAAACUGUAUUUUCUUUACGUUUUCAUGAAUGAGUUCAGAAUUUUUAGUUUUUAUAGAAUCUGUUUGGAACCAACGGUUCAUUUUAUAGCAGAUUAUAAAACAAGACAUGGAGAAUAAAGUGAGGAACCGCUAAAGCCUUCAUGAUCACCGGGAGGACUGAAAAUCUGCAGAUAUUCUGAGAAAAUAUCACAGUUUUAAGGAAAAAACGUUUUCAGAACCAUGAAAGUCAGAAGCUGCAUAAAAAAACACAUUAUGAGGCAAAGACGACAAGAAACUUUUUCUGUUUAGUGAAAUUACAGAUCAGACAAAUGACCUGUUGAAAACAACUAUAAAUAAUGUCAAUAAUCUGGAUUUUUUUAGAACAGAAAUUUAGUAUUUUACUAAACAUGAUUUGUUUAAUUUGUUUAAUUUUUUGACAACUAACCCUACAGCAAGUUGCAGAUGAGUAGUUCGAGGACUGUUGGAAAGAUGAAAAUCCAAAGAAUUUUUUAGUCUUUACACUUUCUGGCUCUGAUAGAUUGUGUCAUUUUGGCAUUUAAAAAAAAAUAACAUAACAUGCCUUUAAAACCCGCCGACAGUAACCUACUUCUGUUGAACUUUUUGACGUGGAAGGAUCAAAUUUCAGUUUAAAUCUGCCAACAUCCAGUUAAACCCUGAUUACUCUACAGAUAUUCACCUUUUAGCUCCAUUAAAGGAUCACAAAACUUAUCCAGAACGUUGUAUUUGUCCUCAAAUAUUCACUUUAAAUGACACACGAGGACACGUGGCUGCAGACGAAGCAGUGUUACCCAGGUAACCGCCCUGUGUGUGUCAUCGCCUGGUAACCACGGCCACCAGGUCAGGUGAUCAAUCAUAUUCUGGUCUGACUCCUAGGAGAUGUUCCUCAAACGUUUCACCUCAGAGUGAAACCGAGGGCGACGUUGUCUUUACAGCAAGAGACAAGUUUUAUUUUGAAAAAAACACACACACACACACACACACACACACACACACACACACACACACACACACACACACACACACACACACACACACACACACACACAAGAUGGAUAAUUAAUCACUGAUGGAUCAAUAACAGUAAAGUCUCUCUGAUCUCCAUGCAGUUAUUGAUCCAUCCAUAAUGAACAUGAUUGAUGAUUAUCGAUCAGAUUUGAAGACUCUUUUUCUCUGGAGUCAUUCUACAGAAGUUUUAUCAUGUUAAACACAUUUUGGGUAGUUUUGGACAAAUUUGAACCAAAGUUUAGUCGGCUUGGACGGGUUUUGGGUCAUUUUGGAGAAAUCUUGUUGAGGGGAAGCAUUUUGUUGAAGACCUCUCUUGAAUCAUUUCAGAGAACUUUUUGAUAGUUUUGGACACAUUUUGUCAUUCUGAACAUAUUUGGAGUCACUUUGACCAUUUUUGGAGCCAGUUUUUGUCAUGUUAGACACAUUUUGAGUAAUUUUGAAGAAAUGUGGACCAAAGUUUAGUCCGCUUGAGCAGAUUUUGAAUCAUUCUGGACAAAUCUUGGGUUUAGUCUUUUUAGACAGUGCAUUCUGGGUAAACUUUAAGGCUCAUAUCAGCAUGUGUGAUAGGACACGAUUCACUCUGGAGUAAAACUAUUUUCUAAUGUAGUCCCUUGACGUUGUUUCAUAUUUUUGAGCCUUUAUAACUUCAGAACAUGGGAAAAUUUCAGGGUGUAAAAAGUUAUUUGAGCAACAAAUACAUAGGAAUCUACCACAGAGUGAAUCGUGUCUAUCAGAUGAUCCUGGUAUCUGCUGUGUGUAAAAAUGCUCCUUUCAUUGUCAGAACUCUGACCUAAUUCAUAUAAAUGAUCCUCAGAAGGAAAGUCAGAAGGUAGAAAGUUGUGGUGUCACCCAUAAGUUUGUCGUCAGACAGAGAGAGUCUUCUGCCAGCAGCAACUCAUUUAAAGCUACAGACACUUAACCCAUUUAGAUAAAAUAGAUUGUUUUUAUUGGUUUCAAUUAGAUUUGUACGUUUAUUUUGAACAUUUCAACAUAAAAAGAAAACAAUAAAAAAAACGAAUAAGUUGCUCAAAAAGGAGCAGGAAGAAGUGGAAGCUCAUCUAAUCCCAAAAUGAUCCUGCUUCUUCAAAAUACGACCAUUUAUCACCAGUAGUAAUAAUAAUAAUAUAAAUACACCAAUAUGUCCAUCUACAUCUAUACAAAAAGGACAAAGCCUUUUAAAAUCAGAAGUUGUGGAUAAAUGUAUUAUCGUUGGAGCUAAAAGGAAACUGAUUCUGGAGGUUCUCUGAGUUCUGUGUUUGAGUCUCAGAUCUUCUAAGAGCAUGGAGUCACUUCAUGGUUUUUCUUCCUUCAUUACUGCUGACUAGAAUCUCCACAUGAUCUGUUCUUCAUCCAUGGUUUAGUGGUCUUCAUGUUUAGUUUUCCCUUUAGUGACGCCAUUUUUACCGUCUUUCAUUAGCACUAACAGAAUUAUUAUGGCGUUAUUUUCAGCUUGCUCUCUGUUCGAAUCCAUUUCUCAGAAACCAGACUCUCAAACAACCUUUAACAUCAUCCAGCUUUAUGUUGCUGGAGUCUGAAGACGGCCAGGACCAGGAACCAUAGAUGGAACUAAUUAAUGGUUUCUGAUUUUAAAAAAAGUGAAAUUUCAGACCUCCAUCAGCUGGUUUCACUUCUUUACUACAGUCGUAAAAAGGCCGUGAUCGUUUCCGUUCCUCUCAUCACACGGUGGAAACUCCUCCAGACAGAACAUUUAGGGUAGAAAGCCUCAUUCAGGUUCCCCUCUCAGCUUCUAAAGGGAUUUUUGAGCUUUAAAAUGAGACCCUGUCCUUGUUUUUCUGAGUUUUUAUGGAUUUCCACAUGGAUGAAUGUAUGACUGUGUUAUUUUUCUAGAUCGGACGGCUAGCGCACGUUGUUGACUCUUUAAUAAAGGCAUCCUUAGAAAAGUU